AUGUGUUGGGUCUCGUGGGAUAAGCUUACCCUCCCUAAGAGUGCGGGAGGCUUGGGAUUUAGAGAAAUCGAGCAGUUUAACGAUGCUCUCUUGGCGAAGCACACUUGGAGACUAUUGAAGAACCCGACAUCACUCCUAGGCCAGACUCUUCUAAAUAAAUACUGUCAAGAUGAUAAUAUCCUAGACGUCUAUGCUCCUAACUCGGCGUCCCACGGUUGGAGAGGAAUCUUAGCAGGCAGGGAGAUCAUAAAGAAAGGUCUGGGCUGGGCUAUAGGAAAUGGCGAAAAGAUCAAGGUCUGGAGGGAGUUUUGGCUCUCUACCGAGCAGCAGUGUAGUCCUAUGGGCCCGCCUACCGCUCAAGCAGAAGAACUCAGGGUCAAAGACCUCCUGCAAUCCGAUGGCUCGGACUGGGACUUGGAGCAGAUUAGAACCCACCUUCCCCAUCAUGAGGCUCAAAUCAGACGCUUAUUUCCUAGUUGUUCAAUGGAGGAUGAGAGGUGUUGGCUGUUCGAGAAGAGUGGGAAUUAUACCACUAAAUCAGGUUACAUGCUCGCAAAACUAAAUGUCAGUAACCCGAAGGACUCGUUUAACUGGAAGCAAAGUGUCUGGAAUGUCAAAUGCUCUCCAAAAACUCGCCACUUCCUCUGGAAACUAAAGACAAAUGCACUAGCGGUGGGGGAGACACUUUUGAGAAGAGGUAUCACUACUGAUGGCAAGUGUAAACGAUGCGGAGAAAUGAAAUCUACAUUCCAUGUCAUGUUCUCCUGCCCGACAGCAAAGAAAGUCUGGAGCCUUUCCCCUGCACUCUUAGUUCCGACUAUCGCCAAUUGCCAAUCAAUGAGUGACUUACUCCACAGAUGCACUAGAAUGACAAAUCUCCCGCCUGUUGGUCUGUCAUCUCCUCUGUACCCUUGGAUUAUGUGGGUGUUGUGGACGAGUCGUAACCAAUUCUUAUUUGAAGAUAAGUCUUUUUCUGAAGCAGAGAUAAUCCUUAAAGCUGUCAUGCUAGCUAAAGAGUGGCAAGCCGCUCAGCCUUGUCCGGGAAAGAACUUUGCUUCGGCUAAAGACUAUAUAGCUCCAGUACAAGCGACUCAUACGCAUCAAGUCCCACAGGUACCACCUAAUGCCCUCGUCUAUUUCUCGGAUGCUGCUUGGAUCAGCUCCUCCGGAGACAGUGGGCUGGGAUGGGUAGCAACAGAUUCAAAGGGCACGAUCCAGUUUCAGGGAUCAUCACCUCGCCAAUAUGUAGCUUCAGCUUUGAUGGCAGAAGCAAUGGCACUAAAAUCAGGCCUAUCUAUGGCUAUAGCAUCGGGUUUCAAGGACGUAGUCUGUUUUACGGACUCCAAGUGUCUAGUUGGCCUGCUCACAGAAGACUCUUCUGUGUUUGCACUCAAAGGGAUCAUCCACGAUAUCAGUGUGUUGAGCAACUCCCUAAACUCUAUCUCGUUUCAGUUCACUUCGCGUGCUUGUAACCAGCUUGCAGAUCGCAUUGCGAAAGAUGCUCUGUUUUUGCUUUCAAACUCUCUCUUAGGGAUGAAAAACUCUGUAUUGAAUGUUAAAGAUCCAUCAGACGGAUACCUUCAGCGAUGGAACAAAUCAAUAUCGACUUCUUAG